CUUGUCCACAGCCCAAGGUCCAUAUAUUUGCAAGGAAAUCGAAAGCAAUGGAGGGAUGCACCUUAAAUGGAAAAGCGUCAGUCAAAAUGAAAGAGUGGAAGCAGAAAAUUGAACCCAGAGGGGAGUGUGGGCAGACGAAACAGGCGCUUCGGAAUAGGAACAAUACUGUAAACCAAUAGGCUGGGUUGUUAGUCAGCUUUCUAUCAGGUAAUGUGCUGAGAAACUCCUGAGUGCCUUGAUUACGGGAGAGACUUGCAAGGGCACAGCAGUUACCACUGAUAUUUUGCCAAUACAUUUCUGCACCUUGUUCACAGUCCUAAAGACUGCCUCCUAACAAAAGCUGAGCAUGCCUGGUUCUAUGUCCUAUCGACUGAGCACAUAGAGGGAGCUGCUUUGGAAGACGGACGUUGAUGCUUUCCAGCCCCAUGGGAACGAUUACUUGCUAUAUGUGGCUUUACCUCACUCACUUUUCUAACUCCCUCGUGAGAUCCGAAAAGUUUGCAGUCAAUGGAAGCUUGGGGGCGUUAUUUGAAGUACCGAACAUCUCUCACUUUUUAUCUUGGACAAACUAUACACUUGCUGACUGGCAGAGCUUUCUGGAAGGGAAAAGGUAUGGGUCCGGUUCCCAAAACCUUCUUGUGAAAAUCCUCCUCGUCGUGGCGUACUCGGUUAUCAUAGUCUUCUCCCUCUUCGGCAACGCCUUGGUGUGUCACGUCAUGGUCAAAAACAAACGGAUGCAUUUUGCCACCAGCCUAUUCAUUGUGAAUCUUGCUGUGGCAGACUUGAUGAUCACCUUUCUCAACACUCCCUUUACGUUGGCUCGCUUCGUGAACAGUACGUGGAUAUUUGGGAAAGAGAUGUGCCACAUCAGUCGAUUUGCCCAGUACUGUUCCCUCCAUGUCUCUGCCUUGACCCUGACGGCUAUUGCCAUAGACAGACGCCAGGUGAUACUGCAUCCUCUAAAGCCUCGGAUUUCGACUGCAAAGGGUCUCGUUUGCAUCUCCAUCAUCUGGCUAAUGGCCACAUGCUUCUCUCUCCCACAUGCCAUCUACCAGAAAUUAUUCACUUUUGAAUACAGGGAGGAGAUCACCCGAUCCUUGUGCCUCCCCAAUUUUCCCGAGCCAGCUGAUUUGUUCUGGAAGUACCUGGACUUGACAACUUUCGUUCUGCUCUACGUGCUGCCCCUUCUCAUUAUCUCCAUCACCUACGUGACCAUCGCCAAGAAGCUCUGGUUCCGCACUGCCAUCGGGGUCGUGAUGGUCGAGCAGUACUUUGCCCUCCAGAGGAAGAAGAUUAUGACCAUUAAGAUGCUGAUGCUGGUGGUGGUGAUCUUCGCUGUCUGCUGGUUCCCUUUGAACUGCUACGUCCUCCUCCUCUCCAGCCAAGUCAUCCACACCAACAAUGGCCUGUAUUUUGCUUUCCACUGGCUGGCCACAAGCAGCACCUGUUACAACCCCUUUAUUUACUGCUGGCUCAAUGAGAAUUUCAGGGCAGAGCUGAAGACCUUUCUUAAGGUCUGCCGGAAAUCCCCAGAUCCAAGGGAGCAAAGGCUUCCGUCUCCUGCUGGUCUGCCGUGCAGGGCAGCCUGGCCACAGAGAGAUCACUGCAAGGGUUUACAGGUCUCCCUUGACCUCCCGUCCACCUCCAAUUUUCAGCUGAGAAAGAAUGACAUCACUGCUGUGCAGCCUAUUGUUGCUGUGACUUGAGCAUCGAAGCAGACUAAUUGGGUGGUCUAUGGCAGCACUGCAAGGAGGCCUUCUCCAGGUCUGAUGGACUGGGCAACUGCGUAAAAAGCUCUGCCUUGUCCUUUAGUGUGUGUGGCUUUGCUCACUCGCUUGAGUCUUUCGAAGCUCUGAAGAACCAUGUGUUUGCGCCCGUGUUGUGCUCCUGUGAGAUUCAGUGAUAUUGCAAUGGAUGGAUAGGUGGCAAGAGGUUGAUGUCAAGGAUAUGCCUUUGGGGCAGAGAGUUAGCCCUUCUAAAUCCUCCCAGCUCCAUGGUUCUGGGUCCACCACACUGCCAAUGAUGGGCAGGAACCAAUCUGGCAGCUGCUAAUGACAUCAAGGCUAGGUUUUCACAUGUGAUGGAGGGGUUGGCAUUAUUCUCUAAAGAGAUAAGAGCCAAAUAGGGGUCAGGGGCCAAGUUUUGUUGAGUGAUACUUGACAUUAAAGAAAGCAUCCCGGACUAAGAUUGGUUAACCACUUUGUGUUCCCAUCACACAUGCAGGAACGAGUCUCAGUGCCCACAUUUUAUCCAGCAAUAGGCAGACAUAGACUUUGCUGUUUGGGAAAGGCAUCUACAACAAUUUUGAGAGUGGCAUCCCAAAUCCUGGCCAAAAUAGAUUUUAGGGGACGCUUUGUCCAGAGACUUAUCUCAGAGUGUUUCACCCCUGAAGAAAGCCUUUAUUUGCCUUUGCAGUUGAGUUAAGCAACACAAUAACCUUAAACCCACUUCAAGGCUGAGAAACUAGAUGGAAAAAACGAAGCGAGAACACAAUUCAGUUGACAUGUAUUUUAGUUGCAAUGGCUCUUAUUGAUUAGUUGUCAGUGCUACUUUCUGAGCAAAGUCAUGGAGUCUGCAGAAUAGGCUUCUUGCUGUGACUAAAUUAUUUUUUGCAAUGACUAAGCAUCGUUCAGCCUUUGUUUUCCAAUGUGUGAUGGUGUGACAUUUGAAAAUAAUCACCAGGGUUUUAAUGCAUUUUUUUAGCCCUAGUUUGUUACGCUAGGGUUCCUGUAAAAGCUUGCUUUAUGAAACAGCAAACCAACUGCAAGAAAGCUCGUUCUGUGACUAAAUAAUAAAGACUAUUUCUGUUA